AUGGCUGUUGCCACUAGAGGUAUUGAACGUGAAAUUGCAUCACUUCAACUGGAGGAGAAGAAAUUGGUGGCAGAGAUAAAGCAAACAGCAAAAACAGGAAAUGAGGCUGCUACUAGAAUCUUAGCCCGACAACUUGUUCGACUUCGGCAACAAAUAACAAAUUUGCAGGGGAGUCGUGCUCAAGUCAGAGGUGUUGCUACUCAUACACAGGCGCUGUAUGCCAGCACUUCAAUUUCCACUGGGAUGAAAGGUGCAACUAAGGCAAUGGUGGCUAUGAACAAGCAAAUGGCUCCUGCGAAACAAGUUAAAGUGAUCAAAGAGUUCCAGAAACAGUCAGCGCAAAUGGACAUGACGAUUGAGAUGAUGUCAGAGGCUAUUGAUGAGACUUUAGACAAAGACGAGGCUGAAGAGGAAACAGAGGAGCUCACCAACCAGGUGCUUGAUGAGAUUGGUGUGGACAUCGCAUCUCAGUUAUCUUCAGCUCCAAAAGGCCGGAUUGCAUCAAAGAAUGCUCCUAAUGCUGUUACAAGGCCCGAACCUCCCAAUGUUGAGGAUCUUGAGAAAAGACUGGCCUCUCUUCGACGCAUUUGA